AAGGACUUGUGCACGCGCGGCCAUAUUGGCUGAAAGUCUGAAGAGACAAAGGGACAGUGUUAAUGUGAGCUACAGCAGCAGGAGUUUCUCAACCCGGGAGCGGAUUUACUUAUAUUUAAGAAACCAGCGAAGAUUUAAAUCUUUGAGGUUUAAAAGGUGGCACCCUGCAGAAUCCAGAUUUUUCUUCACUGAGGUGUUCAAAGAGACAACAAGCCAUAGUGAAAAGAAACCGCCAAUGAUUGCAGAAUUGAAAGAAUUCUGUAUUUACUUUCCAAAUUGAAUAUCGUGCCAUUAGUUUUACUAGAGACAUAUUUGUUUCACAUUUCUCAUUAAGAAACACCAAAAAUCUUUAGGUCAUAAGCUGAAAUUAACAUUUUUGAAUUGCAUAUACUCUUCAGCACUUGGAUCCAAAAAAAAGUAUAAAAGUCAGUGUACACCAGAGUAAAGUAAUACUGGAAGUGGUUUAAAAGUAGUUAUUUACGCAACCUUCAGGGAUAAAAGUGGCAGACAAAAAAUUGCAUAUGUGUGCUUUAACAUACACAAUUCUGAAGGUUAGAGUUGAAUGAUUGAUUAAAAAAUACGUGCUUGCCAAUUUUUGUGUUUUAAUAGUGGCAACAGGUUAUUUAUUCUUAUAAAUACAAUUUUCUCCUCUUUUGGGAGAGUUUUCUUAAACUAUUUUCAUACGUCAACACCUCUUCUUUUCAAGAGGUCUGCACGUGAGAGUGAGAGUAGUACAAAACAGCUGUUUACACAGUAGGGCAUUGGGUUUGACAGAAGCAGUUAAAGAACAGGAGAUUAGCAUAAACAUUCUGGAAGAGAAGUCUCCAGCAAACCAACAAGAGCGAAGUUAAUCCAAUAGCAAUGGCCACUGCAAGAACACAGAUCCCUGCCUCAGUCAUUGGCAUUACCAAGCAGAAUGGACAGACCAGGCCUGCAGGUCUCCGGUCAGGAUUGCAACCAGAAAUGGUGUUCAGUGCAUCCCAGAAAGAAAGCAGCAUACCACAUACCAGUGGUGGCAUUAGAUUUGGAGAUGACUGGAAAAAGGCCCUACAUCUCCCACAAAAAGAUACGAGAGUGCGAACCUCAGAUGUGACUGCGACAAAGGGCAAUGAGUUUGAAGACUAUUGCCUUAAACGUGAAUUGUUAAUGGGCAUCUUUGAAAUGGGUUGGGAAAAGCCGUCUCCAAUUCAGGAGGAGAGUAUUCCCAUUGCCCUAUCAGGAAGGGACAUUCUGGCCCGGGCCAAAAAUGGUACAGGGAAGAGCGGCGCCUACCUCAUCCCUCUCCUGGAGAGGAUUGACCUAAAAAAGGAUCAUAUUCAAGCCAUAGUAAUGGUGCCAACUCGUGAAUUGGCUCUGCAGGUGAGCCAAAUCUGUAUUAACAUGAGUAGGCACAUGGGGGGAGUGAAGGUCAUGGCCACUACUGGUGGAACAAAUCUAAAGGAUGACAUCAUGCGGCUGGAUGAGACAGUGCAUGUGGUGAUAGCCACUCCAGGCAGGCUGCUGGACCUUAUGAAGAAAGGUGUCGCCAAAGCUGACAAAGUCCACAUGAUGGUGAUGGAUGAGGCAGACAAGUUGCUAUCUCAAGACUUUGUUGUCAUUAUUGAGGAAAUAAUAGGAUUUCUGGACAAGAAUCGUCAGAUUUUGCUUUAUUCUGCCACUUUUCCCAUCACUGUACAAAAAUUCAUGUCAAAACAUCUGAAAAAGCCCUACGAGAUUAACCUGAUGGAUGAGCUGACUCUGAAGGGCAUUACUCAGUACUAUGCAUAUGUAACAGAGAGACAGAAAGUGCACUGCCUCAACACUCUUUUCUCCAGGCUUCAGAUUAACCAGUCUAUAAUCUUCUGUAACUCGACGCAGAGGGUGGAACUUUUGGCUAAGAAGAUCACACAAUUGGGCUACUCUUGUUUUUAUAUCCAUGCAAAGAUGAUGCAGGAAUACAGAAACCGUGUGUUCCAUGAUUUCAGAAAUGGUCUGUGCAGAAACCUGGUUUGCACAGAUCUUUUCACAAGAGGAAUUGACAUUCAGGCUGUCAAUGUGGUCAUCAACUUUGACUUUCCCAAAAACGCAGAGACUUACCUACACCGCAUUGGAAGAUCAGGCAGGUUUGGGCACCUGGGUCUGGCGAUUAAUUUAAUCACAUCAGAUGAUCGUUUCAAUCUGAAAGCCAUCGAGGACCAGCUUGUGACUGACAUUAAGCCCAUUCCUGGUAGCAUUGAUAAGAGCCUGUAUGUGGCAGAGUUCCACUCCAUCAACCACGAGGAAGAGGAUGAGAAGGAGGCUUUAUUCGGUGCACCUUAAUUGGUUCACUACUGGAGAAUAGAUGGAUGUUGCCUGGCAUACUGCACAUCUUCUGUUGAACUUGGGCAUAAGGGUGAUGUCCCCUUUACAUCAUUUCACCAUUAUAUUUCCUACAAGUGGGUCAUUUUCACUGGCUUUUCUAAGCUGUCAGACUAUCAACUGUCAAACACGUUAUUAGCACUGCUCUAAAAUAUGUUUGUUUUUUUUUUACUUCCCUCCAUGGUCUUCCCAAUAGGUUAAAUUGGUAGGGCAAUAAAUAUAUAUUUUUGAAAGGUACUUCAGUUCAGUAUGGUCAUGUAUAAACCUACCUCUGCAGCCUGCACCUUAAAACAGUGCUGGUAUUGCUGAAAGUGAUUUGUAUACUUCCCAGUGAUCUUACAUAAGCACUUUCUUACACAGUUAUGCAUAACCUAAGUGCCUUUAGUGCUUUAUGAACACUCAGUGGGAGCCCUGGUUCAAGAUUAAGUGGCCUGAAUGUAUUUUAAAAAAAAAACCCACAAAAUUAAUCAGGUUUUUCACAUUUGUUCUAUUUGCAAAUUUGAUUUUUUUAACAUGACAUGCAUUCCUAUAAGACUUUUUGUAUGUCUGAGCCAGCUCAUAUUUUACCAGUUUAUCCAAUGGAGGAUUCUUUGUUCUGUGUUUUGAUGUAAUAAUUCAGACCGGCGAGUGUUAUUGUUAUGAAAGCGCUUGUCUGUGUGUGUGUGUGUGUGUGUGUGUGUGUGUGUGUAGUUCUCAAAUCUGUUUGAUGCCAAUCUGAGCCAAUUCAAGCCCACUUUUUUCUUGUUUGUUUAAAUUUUAUCUUUGAUGCAUUGUGAGUAGAAGUUGUGCUUUUACUUACCUGUAUAAGGGAGACUAUCCAAAGCUUUUGUUCCAGAUGCCAGUGCCAGCAUCUACAAUGUCUCAUUUCUUUUGAAGACAAAUAAAGUAUCCAGCAUA